UAUGAUGAAUGCACUCCAUACAUAGGGAGAAAAUGUCACGACGGGAAUUACCCCUCUCUCGGUCUCUCCCUCUGUCACGCUCCUCUCUCUCUCUCUCAAUUCUCAAACACACGACUGACGACACUUCUUUGCCGACCAUCGACGAGAAGACCGGCAGUCCGGCGGUGAGGAGGCGCCCCCCAGUUCACUUCAGUCGAGUUGUCGACUCACACUCUCAAAAGCCACAAUACACAUUGGAAAGGAGAAGACGUCAAUCUCCCCACUUUGAUGUUGAUCACCUCUGUUCAUCCACUCUCACGGUGCUGUUACUAGCAGCAAGUCGACAUCAACGGCAGCGUGAUUACCAUAAAAUUCUGGGUCAGAACAAAUUUAUCAAACAAGGUUGAAGUGGAAAUGGUUGAGGGAAGAUCGAUGAAUGAGCUGAAGAAGGGGAACCCAGAAUCAAAGAGGAAGAUGGGUAGCUUGAGUGAGGUUUUGGGGAGGGAGAAAUCUAGAAAAAUAGAGUCGCGGGUGCCAACUGGUGGGGAGUCGAAAAGUGAUGAUAGGAAGCGGCAAAAGAGUGGUGUAAUGGAGGAACUGGAGGGAGAGAAGUUGAAAAAUUUGUGUAGGAAGCAGAAAAGGAGUGGGGUAACACAAGAAUCAGAGAAGGAACUGACUUUAGCUGAGAUGAAAGUGGAGGCAGUGAGGAAGAAGUUGAAAGGGAAGAAAGAGGAAGGGAAGAAGAAAGUUAAGAUUAGAGAGGAUAGAGCAAUAGUAGAAGAUAAGGAGAAGAGGCUGCUAAUGUUGGCCAAAAAUAGGGAUAUGGAGGUAAUGACUGUGGAGGAUUCAGACUUUUAUGAUUUUGAUGAGGAUAGAGUUGAGAAGAGCUUCAGGAAGGGCCAAGUUUGGGCAAUAUAUGAUGAUGAUGAUGGAAUGCCUAGGCAUUAUGUGUUGAUAGAUGAGGUUGUCUCGUUGAAUCCCUUUGAGGUGAGAAUGAGCUGGUUGGACCUUCAGAAUGAUGGGGAUGAGAGGCUGGCAUGUUGGGAGAAAAUGGGGUUCCAUAUAUCUUGUGGAACAUUCAUGGUGGCAAGGAAGGAUACUACAAAUUUAUUGAAUAUCUUCUCACAUGUGGUUGGAUGUGAAAGAGCAGCAAGAAAGCUGUACAGGAUAUAUCCCACAAAGGGCUCAAUUUGGGCUCUUUACAAUGAGACGGCAUUGGAUGGGGAAGGGAGGGAUUGUUUGAGUAGCAAUAAGCGGUGUUAUGAUGUUGUCAUCUUUUUAACAAGUUAUAGUGAAGUGCACGGACUAAGCAUGGCAUACCUUGAGAAGGUUGAUGGUUAUAGGGCAGUGUUUAAGAGGCGAGAGAUUGGGUUUCAUGCUAUUAGAUUGCUUCACAAGGAUGACUUCAGGCUGUUCUCACAUCAGAUUCCUGCUAGAAAGCUUUCUGGGGAGGAGGCUCCUCAUCUCUCGGGCGACUGUUGGGAGCUUGAUCCUGCUUCACUCCCGUCGGAUUUGCUUACAAAGGAUAAAAUGAUUUAAUUUGGUCAUAUAAUGCAUGAUAAUAUGAUGUGAAUGUUAGUAUUGGGUUGUAUUUGACAGUUCCAGAACCUUUUCAUCUUUCUCAUACUAAGUUUUUCAGAAACUCAAUUUACUUGAAGACUUAUAGUUCUUUGCUCAAAAUUGUAAAUCGUGUAUGAUUGCUCUUGUCGGCUUUCUUAGGCUUAGUUGCCUACAACUUAUCUGAAUGGUGGGAAUAAUGUGUCAUUAUGUAAAUUACUGACUUUUAAAAAGA